CAAAACUUCAGCUUGUCACUCUUUCUUUAUUUGACCUGCCUGCCAUCGUCCGUUCGUCACUUGCCAUGCAUCGCUCUUCAUCAUCGUCAUCAUCAUCCUGCGUCGUCGCCAGGGUCGGCCGUGGGGCGGCAGUGCUCGCGCUCGCAACCGCCUGCUUUGCGGUCUGCUCAGUCCAGGCGGUGGUCAACCCAAAGCUGCUCGUCGCCUUCUACCCGGGCUCCACGGACUGCUCGACGCUCGGCGCCAACGACACGACGCCCAUGAUUGUCACGUCCAGCACGUGCUACCCGGGCGCCACCGAGUCGGACUACUGGACGCUCAUCGCCGCGCUCGACUCUGGCACGGGCACGUAUCGCCAGUUCCAGUUGCUCGCGGGCUGCCCGAGCGGCUGCAACGCCGGCGACUGCACCACCAAUAUCAGCGGCGCUGAAUUCAGCGAGUAUUGCUCAAGCACCAACUUUGCCUCGGCCGACACGGCGAGCGUCAAGGUCUAUGUCGUCCCGCCGCCCACCGCGUCCGCCCCGACCCGCCAGAUCCAGUUCUUCAGCGACUCGCACUGCGAAGACCCCACGACCUUUGUCAACAUCCAGUCCAACCAGCUCUUCACCUGCGUGGCUGCGUCGGGCAAACGCUAUGGCCUCACGAAUGUCGAGAUUGUCGACGACGACGCCCAAAUUGCCCUGAUGAUGGGCUGCAACUCCAACUGCUCGUCGUGCGAGACCAACUACAUUGGCCAGUUCAACCAUUGCCACACUGUCAACAGCCUGCAUUUUGUGGUCACGAACGCCGCCGGUCUUCUCCAAGUCCCCACUCUGUUUGCCUUGCUGGCGACUUCGAUGCUUGGUCUUUUCGUCUCCAAGAUGUUCUAAGGCGUUGCUUGCGCUUGCACUGUGGUUUUUAUUUUUGUGUACAAAGCCCCUCUUCAUUACACCCAUUUCUGUGA